AUGACAAAACAAGCCUUUUUGUCUACACUUCCCACAGUUACAGCUUGUGGCCCCACUUCUGGCAUAGGAUUCCCCACCAUCAGGAUUGUGAUGGUGGGGAAGACUGGAGCUGGGAAGAGCGCCUCAGGAAACACCAUUCUGGGGAAACAGUGCUUUAAAUCUGAGUUUUGCCCUCAAUCUUUGACAAAGAUCUGUAAAAAGGCUGAUGGUGAGGUGGAUGGACAAAAUGUUACUGUUAUCGACACUCCAGGCCUGUUUGACACCGGGAACACUGAAGAGAAAACAGUUAAAGAUAUUGCCCAGAGCAUUGCUUGUGCUUCUCCUGGACCUCAUAUCUUCCUGGUCGUCAUCAAACUGGACAGAUUCACAGAGGAAGAAAAGCAAACAGUGCAGAAGAUUCAGAAAAUCUUUGGUGAGGAAGCCAACAAAUACAGCAUGAUUCUCUUUACCCAUGGUGACGUGCUUGAAGGAAAACCUAUCGAGGAGUUUUUGAAGAACAGCAAAGAUCUGCAGCAACUUGUGACAAAAUGUAACAACCAGUACCACGUGUUCAAUAAUAAGAUGGAGGAUCGUUCUCAGGUCAGCGAGCUGCUCAAGAACAUCAGAAAUAUAAACAUGAAGAAUGGAGGAAGCUACUACACCACUGAAAUGUUCAAAAAAGCAGAGAGAGUGAUUGAAGAGGAGAGAGAGAGGAAGCUACGGGAAGCACAAAACAGGGUAAUGCAAGAAAGACUGAGUAAACCCAAGAAAAAGCAAGAACUUCAGGCCAGAAAGAAAGCUGAGGACAGCACUUGGGUCAUCCAACUGCUAAUUCAAAGUUCCAAUGUGGUUGGUUCACUUCUUCAAUUAAUCUUACUUUUCAAAAGGAGAUAG